AUGGAGCCGAUGGCGGAGCCCGUGACGUAUCGGCAGGGCGCUGGAGCCGCUCAUCCGGUGCCCUGUGGGAGCUUAGUAAGUGUGCAGCAGGUGAUGAAGGAGCUGCCGAAGGAAAUUGUGGAACAUCAUACCAUCGUGAAGCAAAAACCUGAGUACAAGACCGUCGAGAAGCAUAUCGAGGUGCCGGAAUAUCAGGUCUCCGAGCAGGUGCAGGAAGUGAUCACCCGGAUCACCCAUGAGAAGGUCGUUGAGGUACCUCAGACGCAAGUCAUUGAGACGCUUCGGCAAGUGCCAUCUCUGGAGUAUGAGGAGGUGGUGAAGCAGGUGCAUUUGCCUUUGGUCGAAGGGAAGGAGACCAUUCGGGAGGUUCCCACUGUGCUUCAUCGUGAAAUCGCCUUCGAGGUACCACAGCUUCAGAUUGUUGACUGCGUCAAGCAGGUCGCACGUGUCAGCGAGCAGAGGGUGAUGAAGGAAUUUGCCAAACCCAUCAUCCAGUUCCAGGAAAGGACCGUUGAGGUGCCCCAUACCUUAGUCCAAGAGGAGAUCACCGAGGUGCCCAUGGUGGCUCACUGUGAGCUAAUGAAACAAGUGGCCCGGGUGGAAGUCCAGCAGGUUGAGAGGCAAGUAGAAAAACCCACAGUCCAGCUCAUGGAGCGCUUAGAGGAAGUACCCCAGGUGGAAGUGAGGGAGAAUAUCAUCGAGGUCCCUCGGGUGGAAGUACGUGAGGUUGUUCGGCAAGUGCCCAAAGUUCAGGUGCAAUAUGUGGAGAAAAAGGUUCCCAAGCCGGUGAUUGAGUACGUCGAGCGCGUGGUUGAGGUGCCCCAGGUCCUGUACCAGGAGAAAAUUGUGGAAGUGCCAGAGGUCGAAAUUCGAGAGGUGAUCCGCAAGGUGCCAAAGACCACGGUGCAGUACGUGGACAAGCCCAUCAAGCGCCAUGAACUCCGCUACUACGAGCGGAUCGAGGAGGUUCCUGUUCAUUUGCAACAUGAACAACCUGUUGAGGUGACACAGGUCAUGGCGGUGGAACGGAUCCGGGAAGUGCCCAAGUUACAGUGGCAAGAUGUCCCGAGGGAAUUCCCGAAGGUUCAACUGCAGGCGGAAACCAAGGCCGUUGAAGUCCCAGUGAGCUUGGUUCAUGAACAACCUGUGGAGGCCGACUUGAGGGACGAGCUCCAGAGGCUUGGCCCUCCCCCGGUUGUGACCAGCGGGGCGACCCGGACACCAUCUACAGGGGAGGGGCCGCCACCCUCCCAGCUUUCGAAAGAGGAGGUUGAGCCGAAGGAGGACAAGGCCGAGGAGUUCCAGCCACCCAAGGAGGAAAAAGAGCCUGAGAAGGAAACAAGGGAAUCCAGAACUGAAGAGGAGAAGCCAAGGGCAGCCAGCAGCGGAAGGAAUCGUCGAGGAGAAUCCAAAGAGAGAUGCGCCGUGAUUGUUUGUAGUCCAAUCGACCUACAGCUAAGUAUAGCCAUGGCGCAGUUCCGAUACCUCCGCACGUUCAUUGAUGAAGAACCAGUGGGUGUUCUGGAAUCUCGUUCCAAUAGCUGGCCGCAACUUGUUGGCUGGGAGACAAAGACGACGCGCGAGGACAUCGAGACACAAGCUGCGAGUUACGUCGCUGAGCUGCAAGGCAAAUGCAUCAUGACGUUUGGUGCACGGCCGCAGCCGCCUCAAGGUACUCCGCCACCCGAGACCAACCCCGACAUCUCUGGCAAUCUCGCCUGGGCACAAGAAGUCGCAGCAGAUUCCAUCGAAGCGCAGGAAGCGCAGGAAGCGCAGGAAGCGCAGGCAGAAGUUGCAGAAUACAGUGGCAACCUCGGCAACCUCGGCAGCCUCGGCAGCCUCGGCCACCCGGCACUCUGCCGCCGGCCAUGUGUUCGCUUGGCGAAGGGAAUGUGCAAAACGGGAGAUGCUUGUGACUAUUGCCACUAUGGUCAUCCGCGCUAUGUACCUCCAGACAAAAGGCAGAGAUGUGAGUUGAACGACAUGGACGAAAUCGGCCCAACAAAAGCUCCCAGUUUAGACCGAGCGCUACGUCGGACCCUGAGACGGAUGCCCCUAUCAGCACUUCUCGGCUUGAUCAUGGCGAGAGAUGGCUUUCGUUGCUUCCAGCCUCACAGGCCUGUGACCAAAAAGGUGUUAAAGCCUCAGUUCAUGCCACGAGACCGCGUGGUCCCAAAGAUCUCCACACAGGUCCAGGAGCGCGUAGUGCAUGUGCCCCAGGUCCUGGUGGAAGAACAGGCGAUCGAACUUCCACAGGCCAACAUUGUAGAGGUGAUCCGUGAAGAUCUCGCGCCGGUCUAUCAGGAGGUGGUGAAGCAAGUUCCUAAAGUUCACUUGGACUACAUCGAGCGGGUGGUAGAGGUGGAGACUGCUGCGGUGAAUGAAACCUCUCCCGCGCACAGUCAGGUUCUUCCACCGGCUUCCAGAUAUGCCCAAGAGCCCAGUUCGAUGGCUUUCUCAGGCGCACGAUCAUCUCCAGUCCCUUCUCCUGUGCCAUCUCAGUUGGUGACUUCACAGUUCUGGCCUCAAAGCUGUGUGGUACCGCCUUCCGGAACGGUCUUAGGCACUGCUUCCCUGGUGAGUCCUCAACGUGCCAGCAGCUGUUUGGGCGGUGGCAAGGAAUGGGGAAAGUUCGCGUUCACCAUCGCCGCCACACCUUGUAGGUGUCCCAUCUACCCUGGGAACAGGCUCAAUGACUCUCUGGCCACAAGAACCCACAGCCUUCGGGAAUCGUGGGAGCUGAGCUGCGAGGAUACUGGCGAUGACACAAGCUCCCAGAUUGCAGGUUGUGAGUUUGUGUCGAAAAACCUCUCCGAAGCUCAAAGGGCCAACCGACGUGUGCACUUGCGAGUGCGAUGGCCAGCAUUUCUGCUGGGCGCAGUCUUCAUGCUCCUCUCCAUGUGGUGGGUCUAUACCUCUUGGACCUCUCAAGCCGCCGCUUUCCUGUUGAUUCGCGACGUGCUGCGCUCCUUUGGAUGUUUGGCGUGGCUCUGCGCGGUCCUUCCUUCGGAUCGCUUCGGCUCCAAGGUGGGUUCGAUUCUGCUCAUUAUCCUUGGCAUCAAGUGUGCGGUGUGGCAUACAGACACAUUGGUGAAUUACAUGAAGCAGCUUCCACCACAUUUUGAUGAAGGAAAACCCUGCCACAUCGAGGAUGAAGAGACAGACUGUGAUCUAGGUGCGUUCACCAUUGGGACGAUUUCCAUCAUGUAUAUCCUGAUGCAUUUGGUGCAGCUUCCCUAUUUGGCAUUGGGCCUGCGCCUACCUUCCCGUGCCACUGUGGGGCGUCUCUGGGUAGGCCUUGCCAUGCUCCACUUGACCAAGGGUGCCACCGAUUUCGUGGUGCUGCUGCCCGCGAUGGCCGUGAAGGCCUCUUGGGGAAAGACUGUAUCCUCUUGGGCCAUUCUCUACUGCACCCUCCACGGGGUCUAUGGGGUCAUCGUCGGUAGCCUCUUGAUGUUGCCCGCCGUACGGCGCUGGGUGCAUUUCCAACUUCUGAAGGCAUCUGGUGCUUACAGAGCCGCCAGCAGCAUUGCUGGAUUUCUGGGAAAUCGAUCGAAGGAGAAGAUUAUGGAAGCAGCCAAAAACGCGUGCCGCUACAUUUCAAUGGGAAAGAUUCGGAAGGAAGACAUGACAGGUUCCACACCCAACCCCUUGCUACAAUCUUUGUCCACGCCCUGCGGGCUACAGGACAUCGAUGCCUUCUUGAGCCACAGCUGGCAUGAUGAUCCCGAAGCAAAGUGGGAGGCCCUGCAAAUUUGGCGCAUGUCAUUCAAGGCUCAGCAUCAACGUGAACCGCGUCUUUGGAUCGAUAAAUAUUGCAUUGAUCAGGACAAUAUCGAGGCGAGUCUGAUGUGCCUUCCAGUCUUUUUGGCCUCCUGCCACACCUUGUUGAUCCUGGCUGGACCAACCUUCUUGAAACGCCUCUGGUGCAUUGAAGAGGUCUUCGUAUUUUUGCAGAUGAGUCGUCCGAUCCAUGCGAUGGAAAUCAUGGCCAUUUGUGAUGACAUGGAGAACCGCGUCUCCACGUUUGACGUCAAGGUGCUCGUGGCGAUCAAUGGUAUGCCUUGCAUCGGCAUUGCCAAAAAAGCUACAAACUGA